AUGGAAACUAAUUACUAAAAAGAAACUAAAAGACCUUAAUAGGGUAAAUUUUUAUUUACUAUAUAGUUAUCAAAAUGGCGAAAUUAAACAACAAUUAUAAAGAACCUGAGGACACAUAUGAGCCAAAAAGAAGAGUAAAAAAUUAGAGUACAUUUUGUUCAUUAAACUUAGUAUAAUAAUUAAAUGAGGAUUCUUCAACUUUUAAUGGAAUCGAGUAUUUUGAAAGCCUAUAAUCAAAAUAACUAAGUGAAAAGAAAGAAAAGACUCCUUUAAAAUUAGAGAGUGUGUCUUCAAUUUUGGCUAAAGGAUCCUUAAGGGAAAGAUUCUCUAAUCUUCAUUUGAUUUCUUCUAUUGAUAAAAUGCUUAUGCAUAGUAAAUAUUCCAGCUUGUGUCACUUUUUCAAAGAAAUUGAUGAAAUGCUUUUAUUUCUCCAAAGCCAACAAAAACCGCCAUUCUUAAAUACAAUUUAAGAAUUAUUGAGCCAAAAUUCUAAAAUUAAAGUCACUUAAUAAAUUAUUCAAUAAAUAUUGGAAAUAUUUCCAAAUGCUUAUGAUGUUAAUUGGUCUUUGAAUGAAAAAUUAAUCAGAUUAGAUAGGAGUGAUUUAAUCAUAAAGGCAAAUAUAAAAUCCCAUGUUUAGUUGGGAGAACGAUUAAAUUAUUUUAAAUAAUUGAUGUUUGACUACAUAUAAAAAAAUGGAGAACAAAUUGGUUUAGCAGUUUUGCCUCAAAAUCCAUUUUUUUUAAAUUUACAAACUAAACCUGAAACAACAGAUGCUUUAACUAAAUAAAUCUAACUAUAAACUUAAAAACAUGAAAUUCAAAGUCAAGUAUCUAAAGAGCCAACAUAUUCUAAAGUCAGUUAAAAUUUAAUCGAAAAAUUGAAAUAAAAAAAGAAACUAGAGAUUGUUCAAACUGAUCAUUCAGCACCAAAAAAGUAAUUAAUAGCUAUAUCCUCUUUGAUUCAUUAAUAUUUUCUUAUUAGAGAUGUAUCAAACAUGUUUUUAACAAACAUAGUCAAAUACAGUCUAAAUAGUUUAAAACAAUUUAUUCUAGAUGAAAAUUAAUUAAAAACUUAUAUUGAUUAAUUAAUAAAAUUAUGUCCACAUUGGAUUCAACUUAUUGACAAUCAGAAUGGCUAAAUUUUAAGGUUAAAUAAGGAAAUAGAUUUACCUUCAAUUAUAAGGUCUAUUGAAUAAAUGUGA